CACGGCACAACCGGACUUCACUUGGAGCUCCUCAAUCAGGGGCCCAUCCUGACAUUUAAACCGAAAUACACCGAGGCUUUCGUGUGUGUAGUUAAUUUUUUAUAGAGCUGAUUUUUUGCUCAUUUAAGCACCAAAACGGAAGCGCAAAAUCUGAGCCUCGUCACAGUCCCAACUGGAAAUAGCGGGUGAAAAGCACAGUUCAAAACUGAACGACACGAAUGCUUGUUGUCAGAGCUGCAUUCCCCUCUUGUCCUGCCAAUGGUUUCGGAACAGAGUCAGUGAUGGGCGAUUCGUGUGAGGAUUUGUGAAAGGAUGCCUUUUACGCACAACCUGCCCAAGUUGUGCUUUAGAUUUAUUCUGUUGCUCACGUGCUGAGCCCGUUUUGCGGUUUCAUUGGAGUCAUUGUUGCAAGCAGCCGCAUCGAUAGCCAUGAAGCUGCUUUUGGCAGGAAUUGUCUUGAUCUCCAUUAUUGGAACUGAAGCUCAGUGGUACUACUUUCCUAUUGAAGCUGCAAAAGGAACGUUUGAUAUGGGUCAUGCCUAUGUGCAUAUGAGACAAGCCAACUGUAUUAACGGUGACAAAUACUACCAUGCCAGAGGAAACUCUCGUGCUGCGAAGAGAGGAAACGGAGGCGAAUGGGCUGCUGAAGUGAUCAGUGAUGCCAGAGAGUGGAUGCAGAAAAAAACAGGCCGAGGUGCUGAGGAUUCGGAGGCUGAUCAGGAGGCAAAUCAAUGGGGACGAAACGGAGGAGAUCCCAACCGUUACAGAGUCAACUGUAUUCCAGACGAUCAUUGAAGAAUGCAGAGUUAUAAAAAAUCUAAUCAAACCCAUGGCACACAUUUUAAAAUAGACAGACAAAUAAAUGGGACCACACGUAAAGAAGCAAUAAUUGUAAAAGUAUCUGUAUUAGAGAAUGUCUAACAUACAAGGAAAGAAAACCACACUUGUGAAACAUUGCAGAUACAGGAUCUACUACAUGUACAAGUGUAUUCAGUUUAUGUAAAAACUUUAAUUUCACUUUUUGCAUAUGUUGUCUGAGAAUUAUAUUAUUUUUGCUAGAGUUCUGCUGUCUGCCACCUCCUCUGGCUAAACGAGCAGACUUAGGACCGAGCUGGUCUUCCCGAUGAGCUCCUGUUUGAUUCAGAGUAAAAAAUAGCUUUCCUUAUUGUUGAAAGCAAAGCAAUUUCAAAAAGGUAAGAAAGUUCAUUAAAAUAUUAAGAACUUGUAGAGGGAUUACACAAUAUAUCAAAUCAAUUGAGUGUAAUCAUAUAAUUUUUUACUGAAAAAACUUGCACUUAGUUGGAGUACAGAUGAGGUCUACAGCGCUAAUUUAUGUCGCAAUCUUUAGUCACAUUGAUGGCAUAUUACAACAUGUAAUAUGCCGUCAUAUACGGCAUAUUAUGUCUUUUAUUUGCAGUUCAAUUGAUUAAUGUAUGACAUAAUUUUUUAUUAAUUCAUACAUGAUUCAAGUGGAGGGAAAGCUACGCAAGCUGAUAACCUGUCAAAUUUAUUCCAGUCUGACUCAUAAAAAUGUGAAUGUUCAUAAGAGAUGUGAUUCAUUCAUUCAUGUACUUGACAGCAAAAUGCUAUUACAUCUCAAAUGUUUUCAUCAGUAAGUCAUUGUGUAUGCGUUAAAAUCAGAUAGAAUGUCCUUCAUGGAUAUUACAAUAAGGCAAGGUUUUGAAGGCAAGAAAAUGAUUUUUAAUUUAAUUUUGUUUCAUAAGAAAUAAAUUCUAUUAGUUAACUUAUAAAAGGGUUUUAAAUGUGUUUCUAAUUUUAAAUAAAAUUCCUAAAGAUACAAAACA